AUGAAUAAUUCGUCCCGGGGGGCCGGUUAUCCGAGCCUUUCAGGGCAGCAUGCACCGCCCUCUUUGGGUGGAGCGCCCACAAGCGAAACACCUAACACUUUACACGCCCAGCUACAUCUGCAACAACCAAGGAUGCCUACUCAAACCAUUCCAUCUCAAACACAGCAGCAGGGUCUACCACCGGGAUUGGUCGGAAACCUCUCGCAAAUGAGUUCCCAUCUCAAUAACGGUGGAUCUGCUGCCGUCGCUUCAGCAGCUGGUGUCUCGGCAACUGCCAAUGCUGGAAAUCCGCUAUACCACCCACACCAGGGUGAUGCUUCUAUGAUGGCGAACCCCAUCUGGAAGCUGCAGUUGCAAUUGGCAUCAAUUUCGAGGCAGUCUAUGGGCCAAGCAAAUAUUUAUGCUCGGCAAAGUGCGAUGCGCAAAUACAUGCUCAAUAAUAAUCAAACGGCGGGAGGAACAUUGAACGAGAUGUCCGCUUCAUUAGUGGACCACACGAAGCAACUACUACUGGAAAUGGCAGGUGACUCAACGGUCUUGAACAACGGGUCUACUAGUGCCGUUUCUACACCAAUGACACCCAAUGCAGAGCUCAAUGGCAAUAACGGAGCCACCACGCCGGCAGCUAUGCUACAGCAGAAAAAGCUGUCUCAAUAUAACAUAGAUGAAGAUGACGAAACUGAGCAUCGCAGAGGUGCACCCAAGAAUUCGAGCCCCACGGAUCAACUGUGGCACGCGUUAGACUUGUCGAACAUACAAUUAUUCAAUCUCAACAUGAGCCUCUUCAAGUACGAGUUUCUCACCCGCUUGUAUUUGAAUGGUAACAAUUUAACAGCUUUGCCUCCCUCAAUCAAGUCGUUGAAAAAUCUUCGGGUAUUAGACUUGUCGCAGAACAGGUUAACAGAAUUACCUCGUGAGCUGGGUCUUUGCUAUAAUUUGAAGUAUUUGUACUUCUUCGACAACAUGGUCUCCAACCUCCCUUGGGAGUUUGGGUACUUGUUUAACCUUCAGUUCCUCGGAAUCGAAGGAAAUCCGAUGGACCGGCAAAUAAUCAAGAUUUUGGUCGAAAAAUCGGUGACCGGUUUGAUUUUCUAUUUAAGAGACAAUGCACCUGAAAUUCCACUGCCAAAAGAUAGACAAUUUCUGGACAUCAACGCCGACGGAGAGGUGGCUAAGGAAUACCUUUCAGUAUCAGACUCCGAUUCACACCAGAGCCGCGAGCUUCUCAAAAAAUCGUUUACCCUUCUGUCAUACAAUACCCUCUGUCAGCAUUAUGCGACUCCUAAAAUGUACCGCUUUACACCCUCAUGGGCUUUGAGCUGGGAAUACAGGCGUGAGAAACUAAAAAAUGAGAUUCUCUCAUAUCAAACUGACGUCGUGUGUUUGCAAGAAGUGGAAAGUAAGACGUUCGCGGAAUUCUGGUCGCCUCUCAUGACGGAAAAGGGCUACAGCUCUAUUUUCCAGGCCAAAACUAGAGCCCGUACAAUGCAAUCUAAGGACUCCCAAAAAGUGGACGGCUGCGCAAUGUUCUACAAGAAUUCAGAGUUUAAGCUCUUGUUCAGCGACAUCGUAGAUUUCAGCAGUAUGUGGAUGAAACACAAACGGUUUCAGAGGACGGAGGAUUAUCUUAACCGUGCGAUGAACAAGGAUAACGUCGCGUUGAUAAUCAAGUUACAGCAUAUCAAAUCGGGGGAUCAGGUCUGGGUUGCGACAACGCAUCUCCAUUGGGAUCCACAAUUCAAUGACGUGAAAACAUUCCAAGUCGGUGUGCUUCUUGAUCAUUUAGAGAAGCUCAUCAAAGAACAGCACAAUUGCAAUAACGCACAAGAUCUCAAAAGAGUGCCGGUAGUAGUAUGCGGUGACUUCAACUCUACGCCAGACUCCGCCGUUUACGAACUUUUCAACACUGGCAGUGUACGCCAACACAAGGACAUCGAGGGCAGGGACUUCGGCUACAUGUCUCAGAAAAACUUUUACCAUGGUUUGUCUUUGAAGUCUAGUUACGACUCUAUCGGAGAGUUACCGUUCACAAAUAUGUCACCAGAUUUCACCGACGUUAUCGAUUACAUAUGGUACUCUCCGCAAGGGUUGCGCGUGAGAGGUCUGUUGGGAGAAAUAGAUCCCACAUACGCAUCCAAAUUUAUCGGGUUCCCCAACGACAAAUUCACAAGUGACCACAUUGCUCUCGUAUCGAGAUUUGAAUUCACAAAGACAAGCGGUGGCGGGAGUAGGAAAGUGUAG